AUGGCUCUGGAUCAGAAUAUUGUGACUGCGUUACCUGACGGGUCCAGGCCCAUUUCGGUGGACAGAUAUGGACACUCGGAAAGGGCAGUCACGUCGAAGAUUACGACAACUACAUGUGACGAAAGGCAACAAUGCUUCUUUCUCAAGACCAUUAAAACAAAAGUUGGAUCUACCAUAUUUCUUGGCGAAUUCGAGUCCAUGAAUGCAAUCUGCAAAGCCGCACCAGGUUUUGCGCCUCGGCCCAUUGCAUGGGGGCAGUGUUGCGGCGACGAGGAGACCUUCUUCUUCAUCAGCGAGUUCAUUCGCAUAAAGCCACAUGGAAAUCUCCCAGAUACCACACCAUUCUGCAAGGCCCUUGCCCAACUUCACCACAAUAGUGCAAGCCCUACAGGGAAGUUCGGGUUCCAUGUUACUACUUGCAAUGGCGACGUACCACAGAAUAACCAGUGGGAAAGCUCAUGGGAAGUCUUCUUCUCCAAGGGGCUUCGGCACAUGUUGGAAAUCGAUCGGAAGGCGAAUGGGAUCUGUUCGGAAUUGGAACAGGCCAUGGAGCCUAUUUUUGAAAACGUCAUCCCGCGGUUGCUGAGACAGCUUCAGCAAGGCGCGAAUCCAAUUCGGCCAGUGUUGCUUCAUGGAGAUCUCUGGUACGGAAACUGCUCUGCUCGCCAUGAAGACGGAAGACCUAUCAUCUUUGAUGCGUCUGCUUUUUAUGGUCACAACGAGUACGAAUUGGGCAAUUGGCGUCCUGCACGAAACUUAUUGGGAGGAGAGUACGUGGCAGCUUACAAGAGGUUCUGGGCGGAACUGAACCCGCUUGACAAUGAGACUGCGAGUAAGCGAGACGCAGAAUUUGAGGAUCGAAUUAUGCUCUACGAGCUUCGAUUCAACUUCCACUACUGCAUCAUGGUGCCCGGACUGCAGGACGUGAAGAAAGAGAUGGUCGCGAACAUGAAAUAUUUGGCAGCGAAAUAUACUUCUGCGGACCAGAGCGAAUAG